GGGGCGGGGCCGCGCCGCGCUGCCCGCCCCUCUCCUGGCUGCCCCGGCCGAGCCGAGCCGAGCCGAGCCGAGCGGCGCCGCGGGAAGAUGGCGAAGACGUACGACUAUCUGUUCAAGCUGCUGCUCAUCGGCGACUCGGGCGUGGGCAAGACGUGCCUGCUCUUCCGCUUCUCCGAGGACGCCUUCAACACCACCUUCAUCUCCACCAUCGGAAUUGACUUUAAGAUCAGAACAAUAGAAUUAGAUGGAAAGAAAAUCAAGCUACAAAUAUGGGAUACAGCAGGCCAGGAGAGAUUCCGCACGAUCACAACAGCUUACUACAGAGGAGCCAUGGGAAUUAUGCUGGUAUAUGACAUAACAAAUGAAAAAUCUUUUGACAACAUAAAAAACUGGAUAAGAAACAUUGAGGAGCAUGCAUCUUCAGAUGUAGAAAGAAUGAUCCUGGGUAACAAAUGUGAUAUGAAUGAAAAAAGACAAGUCUCAAAAGAAAAAGGAGAGAAGCUAGCAAUUGAUUAUGGAAUCAAAUUUUUGGAGACAAGUGCAAAAUCCAGCAUAAAUGUGGAAGAGGCUUUUUUCACACUUGCACGGGACAUUAUGACAAAGCUCAACAGAAAAAUGAAUGACAACAGUUCAUCAGGGGCAGAAGAAUUUAGUGCAAUUUUGUUGUCCCCUGCUGAAUCUGAAGAAUUCUAAUUUCAUGUGGUCUUAUGGAUAAGGUAAAACGCAGAUUUCUCUCUCUGUUUUGCCCCCACCCCUGUUCUCCAGCAGUAUUAAAUGGCUGAGUGGCUGCACUUUAUCAGUGUGCUAACUUUUGGUCAGUAUAGACCUUUCUGUGUACAGUCUGCCUUGUCAGACAGACAACUGUGCUGUAUCUUAGCGUGCAAAUCAGCUGUAUGUUUUACUGGGAAUUUUUUUAGCUAUAUUUUGCUUUAGACAAGCGGGUGAUGAUAAAUGGUAUGUUUUGCCUAGGCAUCAGAUGCUGGGUACUACAGGCUUUUCUAAUAUCAGUAUGAUUGUUUUGUGUAGUCUCUGUUGCUACUUUGCUCAAGUCUAUAUAACCUAAAUUUUGAAGGACUCAACUAUACCUCAGUCACCUAGUUAGUAUUUUCAUGUUCAUUAGAGUGAAAGUCAGAAUUAUACAUUAAGCAGCAAAUGUAUUUCUGUUUUGAUCCAGAAAUUGCCAUUAACUUUUUAGGAAAGACAGGUGUUUUUGGUGGAUUUUGAUGAACAAAACUGCUGUUUAUCCUGUUGAGAUUUUUUGAAAUAUUUCUUUGCCCCAUGCCUGUGCACUAUAUCUUGACCAAUAUUUUUCAAAGUGGUUUAAAAAGAAGAGAAAAGCCAGUGUCAGUGCUUUGCAAUUUUAGCUUUCAGUCUGCUCAGCAAAACAUGCACAAGAAGUUUUUGUUGAGUGUAUACAGAAUAUUUGAAUUACUGUCUGGAAGUUCUAUUAUUGUUAAAGCUUAAACCACUCAAAACCUAACAUAGCUGACUUUUCUAUUUGGGGGACAGUCUCAAAAAUGCUAAUUGACUUUUCAGACUUGUAGGGUGUUUUUUUUUCAGAAAGUAUUUUCCAUUGUAAGUACAUUUCCCAUUCUAGUCUGCUGAUUAAGUCAUUUUCACAAGUGAAAGGAGUCUUGAAUAUACAUAUUGCAUUAAAAUAUUGUGAAAGGAUAAUGAUUUGAAAGUACAUGAAUGAUAUGUAAAAUGCAUAAAUGUUAUUUGUGGAAAUACAUCUGUUAUUUGGUUAUAUAUUAAUGUAACUGAAAUUUUGCAACGUUAAACAUAAGGAUUGAUUGGUCUGUAGGUGAUUAAAUAUUUUCUUUCUCCAUUCACUGAACUGCUUAUGCCAUUCUCAUUCUUAUAAAUAAAAUUUGUAUUUCUCUCUUCCACAAAA